ACGGUGUGUUUACCGGCGGGGCGGGGCGGGGUGUCAAAUUUGAAACUCGAACCGCUGGUUGCUGCAGGUUGGGUCGGCGAGCGGCGAGCAGUCUUGAUUGUUUUAUGUUCAUUUAUUAUGCUAUUACCGUCACAAAGCACAUGACAUUGUUUGGAUACUUCUGAAACACUGUUUCUGAUAAUUUCCGUUCGGAAAAGUUCGACGCCCAUAAAAGUUGAGGUUAAUGUCAUUGUCGGUAACACUUAUUUAGAACUUGCAUAAGUAGAAAGACCAGUCAUUCUCUAUAGUUUGUAUUUUCUUGAGACAUAUCGUCAUUUGAUCGUGACAAAUCAGGCAUUAAAGAGGUAUCUAUCUCACAGUGGUCGGUAAUCAUGUAUGUAAACUGUCAAUAGUCAAUCAGUUUUCUAUCUGUCAUGAGUCGAGAACUCUCUGGGUCAUUUAUUCCUUCUGAAUCUACUUGUCAUGUAAUAGAUUAUUCUUCCGAACAUGCAGAUGUUGCAGCAUGUGUGCAGGAAGAAGGGCUCAUUAUUUUACGAGAAGGUCGAGUCAUUGGCUGGUGUGACAUAGGUGAAGGGCUUGUUCAUCGAAUAUCAAUAUUCUUUACAUAUCAACCAUUUUGCAAGAAUUAUGUGCUUCAGUUGGAAUCAUGUGUUAAAGUUGUUUCACAUGCAUCUUGUUUGAAGGUGACACACACCUUCGACAAUGUUACACGGUUUGAAAUUGGAGACUUUAGCCAAAAAGGGUUCCCCCAGUUGGGUCUCUGGAGUGAAGACCAUGAGGAUAUGCGUAUAACCGACCUCACAGCGUCAAGCUCUUCUUCCUUGAUCAAUCCUAAUCCUGUUGAGACUGUCCUUAGUGCCAAACUCAGGGGUUUAAAAGUGAGUGUUGAGAGGGUUCAUAAGCAAUUAGAAGAAAAGAGAAAGCUGCGCCGGCAUUGUAUGUUCCACAUUGUUGGUGUUAAUCACACUGAACAUUCUCCAUCACUAGACAAGUUGGUCCCUUUGAUAGGAAGUUUUUCAAACUCAAUUGAAGUUAAGAAGACAACAUCUAGACGCCACCUUGUCAUCAAGAACUCUUGGCAAAAACUACUUGACAGGAAAUGGGUCCUUGGUUGCGACGUGCAGAAUAACAGCUCUGGGCCGCUGCGCUCACUCUCGCUGUGCGUCUCGGGCGGCGUCCACGGCGUCGCCGACGUCGUCGAGUGGCGGGUCAUGGUGCAGCAGCCCCGCCGGAGGGGGAGGGGGGCCGACAGUGUGUACGCCGCCGUGCCGCCCCGCCCCCCCGCUUUCUCGGGCCGCAGCGCCGUCGUGGAGGUCCUCGGGCUGGUGAGCGCGGUGCUGCCGAACGGCCGAGAGACGUGGACGGGGCUGCCGGCGUGGCGGCUGUCCGUCGACGAGGUGCUUCGCGGCGACCUGGUGCCGUUCGGCGUCCGGGAGGGCCUCCGCGACGCCGAGCACGAGGACGUCCUGGCCAGCGCGGCGUGCUGCCCCGUGCCGGUGGAGCUCCGCGUCGACGGCCGCGAGGGCCUGGCCGACCGCGUCGUCGGCCUGCUGCGCGACGCCAACCUGCGCGCCCCGGACGGCGGCCCGGACGGCCCGCUCGUCGACCACACCCUGCUGGUGGGGACCGGGCCCCCUGAGACGCCCCUGCACGGCGCGCUGGUGCUGCUGCACGUGCACGCCACCAACGCCUGCUCGCUCCACGUCCGCGCCAGGGACGCUCGCCACGUGUUGCUGCUCGCGCACCGCCUGCUGGCCGGCCUGCCGCAGCACACCAGGCUGCGCGCGGUGGGCCGGCGGCGCCACGACGCCGACCUGGGCACGCCGGCGUUGGCGCGCGCCCUCAUCAAGGCCCUGAGCGCGGAGCUGCGCGCCGUCACGGCCCGGGACCGGCGCCUCCCCCGCGACGCGCUGCACGCCCUGGAGGUGGCCACGGACCUGGCGGCGCAGGCGCUGUCGGCCAGGUCCUGCCGUUGA